GUCUAUGCACGCGCAUCUCUACUAUGUGAUGCUAGUUCAUCUAGCUUCUGGAUUAUAAACACAUCACAAAACCCACACCGAACCAUGUCUGACAAAACAGGAUUUAAAAUUAACACCCAAUUCGCAAAGAAAUAUGAUAGAUAUCGAGAGAAGGAAGAACUACAGAGACUAAAGGAUCGAUAUGGAGAUCGAGGGGAUGACGAUGAGUCGGAGUCAUCUGAGUCCAGUUCGGACGACAGUGAAGUGGAGUUGGAUCCAGAAAUUGAAAGGGACUUUUACAGGACAUUGUCACUCCUGAAGAAGAAAGACCCAAAGAUCUAUCAAAAAGAUGCCAAAUUCUACUCAGAAGACUCACCCAACACUGACGUGAAACCUUCCACCUCAAAGUCAAAAGUUAAGCCCAUGUACCUGAAGGACUAUGAGCGCAAAGUCAUACUCGAGAAGGAAGGAAAAUAUGAAGACGAGGAUAGUGACAGUGAUGAUGAGGAGGUAGCAAAAAGACUAGAAAGAGCCUCUUCCCCCAGCUACAUGCAAGAGCAGAAGCAACUGAAAGAAAGUUUCCGAAAGUUUGUUCAAGAUAGUGAUGAUGAUGACUGCAGUGAAGGCAGUGGAGAAGGGGUCUCCCAACUGCUUACGAGGAGGAUCAAAACACAGGAAGAACAGGACAAAGAGGAAGCCGACUAUAUGGAGUGGCUGAAAGGGCAGAAAGAUCUUGAUGGACCUGAGGAGGUGAAGGAAAUGAAAUACCUACGAGACUACUGGAAUGACCCUGAACUGGAUGAGAAGGAAUGUUUCCUCCGAGACUAUGUUCUGAACAAACGCUACAAAGAUGAUGACGAUGAAGACGAAGAGAGGAUCCCAACCUAUGAGGAGGUCAUCCAGGAUGAUUCCGAAGAGGAAGGCGAGAUGUUUUUGGUGCGACAGGAGAACUUUGAGCGAGGCUACAACUUCCGAUUUGAGGAGCCCGAUGCUGAACAGAUCAAGACCUAUCCUCGCACCAUUGCUACUUCAGUCCGCACCAAAGAUGAUCGCAGAAAACGCAAAAGAGAGGAAAUCAAAGAAAGGAAGGAGAUGGAGAAACAGCAUAAACGGGAGCAGUUGAAGCAAUUGAAGAACUUGAAGCGAAACGAGAUCAUGGAGAAACUAAAAUUGCUUCAGAAACUCACUGGCAAUGACGAGCUGGCUUUUAAUCAGGCUGAUCUGGAAGGAGACUUUGAUCCGCAACAUCAUGACCAGCUCAUGCAGAAAUUCUUUGACGAAAAGUACUACGGCGAGCAAGAAGAUGAUAAACCACAGUUUGAGGAUGAUGAUGCAUUUGAGGAGCACUGGAACUGGGACACGUGGACGGGAAGAGAGCAAGAAGAAGAGUAUGAUGAUGAGGCAGACUAUGAUGCCUCAGAGCCUCACUGUGAUGACCAGGAUUUUAUUAUGGAUGCCGACUAUGAUCCCAGCCAGCAUGUUUCUAAAAAGCAGAAGAAGAAGAUGAAGAAGGCUGAUGUACCUCUGAUGGGCAAGAAGAAAAAGAAGUCUCACUUUGCAGAAGUAGUCUCGAAGGACAAGCCUGUAUUUGAUCCUCAGGAGAAGAGCUUCGAGGAGUACCUGGACGAAUACUAUAAACUGGACUACGAGGACAUCAUCGACGACCUCCCUUGUAGGUUUCGUUAUAGGCAGGUUCUACCCAAUGACUUUGGUCUCUCCACUGAUGAGAUCUUGGGUGCUGAAGAUAGGGAGCUCAAUCGAUGGUGUUCUCUGAAAAAGACCUGCAUGUUCAGAUCCGACCAGGAAGAGAAGAAUGAUUUGAAGAACUACAAGAUAAAAUCAAAGAACGAUAAGAAGAAAAGAGAAAUACUCGUGUCUGUGUAUUCUGACAAAGAUACAGAGGGGUCACACGCAAAGGCCACGAUGGGAAAGAAGCGACGUGACCGUGUGAAAAAUGCUGAAAGGCGCAACAGAGAAGCUGAGGACAGUGACACAGACACCAAGAUGGACCCAUCGUAUGAGACUGUGAAAGCACUUCGAGAGAUUGGGUCUGAUGUGGAGGAACCAGAGGAGUUUCUCACGAAAAAGAUCAAACUAGAAGAGCAACCACAGCAUUCCCUUCCAGUUGAAAAAGAGGUUCAGGUUAAAGACCAGGUUAAGACUAAAUUGGCCAAGAAGCACAAGCAAUCGGGAGGACACCGCAAAACAGGAACAGUUGGCGUAAAAAUUGGAGGACGGGAGUUUAGUAAACAGAGGCUGAAGGCAUAUGGUUUGAAUCCAAAGAGAUUGUUCUUCAGGCAGCUCGGAAGGCAAAAACGGAAAGAGCAACAGAAGAAAGAGAAGAACAAAGUCAAUGCUACUUAACUGAGCUGCUGUUUAAUAGACUGGCAUGGUCCAAAUGUGUCAGCAUUUUUUUUUUUUUUUUACAUUAAUGCAACUCAUUCGCUGCCAUGAUGGUGACAGAAAUCAAAUUCAUUUGAACUUGGUAUAGCUGGCAUUGAAUGAUCAUGUUUCAGUGCUAUUGAUGGCGAUAAACGUCCAAUCCAUUUGGACUGACAGUGCUCGCUGUCAGCCCUUCCAGUCCAAAUGGAUUGUAUGUCCAUCACUGUCAAUGGCAGCGAAUGACUUAACCUUCGUUAAAAUUUGGGAUAAUGUACAAUACAGACAUUUUGUUUGGGCUUUUAGAAAUUUUUAAAUAAAAAUCCCAAGAAAAAUAAGGACUCCACAGUCACUCACACUUGUGAUGUUUUGAUUGUCAUUAGUAUUUACUUUUUAUUCCAGGACUGUAUUUGUGAGUCAGAAACUUUGGACUGAUUGAACAAUCUGCAAAAUAAAUCACAUACUAGUCCUUCUAAAAAAAAUAGCAUAUUGUGAUAAAGUUCAUUAUUUUCUGUAAUGUACUGAUAAACAUUAGACUUUCAUAUAUUUUGGAUUCAUUACACACAACUGAAGUAGUUCAAGCCUUUUAUUGUUUUAAUAUUGAUGAUUUUGGCAAAAAAGUCAAGAAAAAACAAAAAUCCCUAUCUCAAACAAUUAGCAUAUCUUGAAAAGGUACUCUAAAGAAGCUACUAACCUAAUCAUCCGAAUCACCGAAUUAACUCAAAACACCUGCCAAAGAUUCCUGAGGCUUUUAAAACUUCCAGCCUGGUUCAUUACUCAAAACCGCAAUCAUGGGCAAGACUGCCGACCUGACUGCUGUCCAGAAGGCCAUCAUUGACACCCUGAAGCAAGAGGCUAAGACACGGAAAGAAAUUUCUGAGCGAAUAGGCUGUUCCUAGAGUGCUGUAUCAAGGCACCUCAGUGGGAAGUCUGUGGGAAGGAAAAGACGUGGCAGGAAACGCUGCACAACCAGAAGAGGUGACCGCACCCUGAGAAAGAUUGUGGAGAAGGGCCGAUUCCAGACCUUGGGGGACCUGCAGAAACAGUGGACUGAGACUGGAGUAGAAACAUCCGGAGCCACCGUGCACAGGCGUGUGCUGGAAAUGGGCUACAGGUGCCGCAUUCCCCAGGUCAAGCCACUUUUGAACCUAAAACAGCGGCAGAAGUGCCUGACCUGGGCUACAGAGAAGCAGCACUGGACUGUUGCUCAGUGGCCCAAAGUACUUUUUUUCAGAUGAAAGCAAAUUUUGCAUGUCAUUUGGAAAUCAAGGUGCCAGAGUUUGGAGGAAGACUGGGGAGAAGGAAAUGCCAAAACGCCUGAAGUCCAGUGUCAAGUACUCACAGUCAGUGAUAGUCUGGGGUGCCAUGUCAGCUGCUGGUGUUGGUCUACUGUGUUUUAUCAAGGGCAGGGUCAACGCAGCUAGCUGUCAGGAGAUUUUGGAGCACUUCAUGCUUCCAUCUGCUGAAAAGCUUUAUGGAGAUGAAGAUUUCAUUUUUCAGCACGACCUGGCACCUGCUCACAGUGCCAAAGCCAUUGGUAAAUGGUUUACUGACUAUGGCAUUACUGUGCUCAAUUGGCCUGCCAACUCUCCUGACCUCAACCCCAUAGAGAAUCUGUGGGAUAUUUUGAAGAGGAAGUUGAGAGACACCAGACCCAACAUUGUGAAUGAGCUUAAGGGUUUAAGCUCAUCGAAGCAUCCUGGGCCUCCAUAACACCUUCAGUAAUUUCUGCAAAAAGAUUCCCGAC